AAUGUCUGCAACAUUUGGUAUUCACAUACCAAUAGACAUGCACUAAAUAUAACAUUUGUCAACAAGUUUUCUAACCAAACGGCAGGAUCGUUUCGUACCACACUAAAGUUGAUAGUUUUGAAAUAAUAGGAAGCAUAAAUACUGAAUAAUGAAUGAAAUAAUGUUCAGGACGUGUGUACUUAAUGACCUAAGCGCAAAGGUAAGUAAUCAUGCAACAAAGCCCUGUUGUGUCUACGCGUUCUAGGGUGCGGACUACAAUAAACAUAACUGCUUCAUUUUAAUCAAACUGUCAUUAAACUGGUACCGGACCCAGUUCCAUUAGUAACUGUGAGUAAUAGGUGCUUUGGAUCAACACUUGUUCUGCUCCUGACAUUUCACCUUUUUGAGAUUAUUGUGUUUUGUAUCUGAUUUGAAUUAUUUUAUUUCCCGUAUUCGCACAUGUAACAACAACAUUAGCAACAGCAAAAACAGCAACAGCAAUAACAACAACAAUAACAAAAAAUGAAGCUACGUCUAUACCAGAUGGGGCUAAGCAUAAUAAUGUACGAUCGAGAAGCCUAUUGACACGUCAUUGUCACCCAGCGACAUCUGCACCCAAUGUUUAUAUGGUUUUUGACAGCUGUUUGUCACUUUGCUAUCCAUUAUGAAACACAUGCACGGGUUAUUUUUCCAUUUUCCAUGUGAAUCCUGCUCGCAACGGAUUAGCUCAUUCAGAUUUCACACGGUGAAUACCGAAUGGUGACUCCAGGGAAUUCCAGGGUUAGAAAAUCUCUGCGCAAUUCACAUUAGCUACGAGAUACCCUCUUGCUUAAUCGUCUCGCACUUAGCAAGAUAUCAAAGCAAAAUUGUGUCGGGACCUGACCUCCUCGCUGCAUAGCAACAGGUGUCUCCCAUCUACAUCCGUCUCAUACCAUCUACAUUUGUCUCAUAAACCUCUUGCUUCUUGGACAGUUUAAUAGUUGAGCAAGGUCUGAAACCGUUUUAUGGGAGCUGGAGAAGAGAAUUCAGCAUCUAGCUAAAUGGAAAGGGAUUAUAAUCAGUCAUCAAAUUGGAUUGAAAUCCACCUGUUUCUCAGUUGACGACUUCAAUAACACGACAUAUCAUGUGGCGGGUCAUAUUGUGGUUCUUCGUUUCAAACUUCUGUUGUCCAAGUGUAAACGCAGGUGAAGGAAUCAUGUGUGAAGUGAUAACAAAUGAAAACGGCACUACUGAAAUCAAAAUCCACAUCACCAAAGAAUUUGAAGAAACAAGAGAGUCGCUCAUCCUUUCCCAUGAGAGCACGAAAGUUCGUGUUGCCGUGCUAAACCGUGUCACAACUGAUUAUGUUUGUCAAACCAAUUCGGAUUACAAAUGCCAGAAAUUGGAUAACUACACCUAUAGUGUCACCUCCGCCUGUGCACCAAAGGGAGAAUAUAAUAUUUCAAAUGAUGAAGAUCAACCAACCAUGUGUACAGUUAAAGACCACACAUCAGAGAGACAGCCUCAUGAUGCCAAAACAUCUGAAUCGAAUCCCAACACUAACAUAGAGCGAGAAGCAGGUUCUGAUGAAAAAAAUGAACUUGGCCUCGGCAUUGGCAUUCCUAUUGUUAUUAUUAUUGCUGGCCUUGGAGCCCUGAUAAUACGUGUGGGCGUGGAUCUCCCACCUCUUCCAGUGAAGAGAACCAACGCACUCAUUGACCUGGUGACGACCUGAGAGAUGUUGAUGUCU